UUCAAAAUGGCGGGUACAAAACAUACAGGACUGUUCAGGCGCCAGACACUGGCAGCUUUUCUCGUUGUCUUCUCUUCUGAGCUGGCCAAGUCUCAAACCUGCGUGAAGAAAAUGUCCUGUGCAUGCGAGAUGGACGAUAAGUCGGGCUACAUAGACCUCAAUUCUGUCCAGUCGUCAACUAAACCUAGGUUCAGGGACGUCCAGCCCCAGGAUUUCGGCCCGUGGCUGUACUCCUGGAACCCGUGUGGACCCUUCUCUAUGUCGCAGUGCUCCAACGUAGCGGCGUGUCAGGUCAGUAACUGGGACGCAACACAAUCCUUUGACAUCGGGACGCAAGACUCUGUCACCUUCAACAAGGAUUUGAAUGGGAACUGGGUGCUGAGGUAUUUGAGCAGAGAUGGAUCAAAAAGUCUCGAUGUCGUGCUACAGUGUACACAGGGUAAUGACGACCUAACUGUAUACGGUGAACUUGCUACCAAUGACUACCAAUUCACGUUAAGCAGUCUACACAGCUGUGUGAAGGAAGGACCUUGGCCUGGACUCGCCGGCAGUAUAAGCUUUGGAUCCGUUUUGUGUAUAAUAUUCUUUCCCGCCCUUUUCCUGUACUGUGUUGGGGGAGUCGCCUUUAACAAAAUCGUCCGAGGACAGAGCGGAAGAGACCUCGUGCCUAACGCCUAUUUCUGGUCAGAGUUACCAGGAGUGAUAAAGGACGGCUACAGAUUUGCAACAAGUCCCUGUAGAAGUCCCCAGGCAAGAGACGCAAGCUACGACAAAAUCUGAGGACAUUUUUUUUACUUCUGCUUAUACUUUGACAGAUACACAAAACAGAGGUCCGAUACUGUUAACGUU